AUGCCAAAUACAAAUCAAAUUCUGUUCAUUGCCAUUAUUUCCAUCCUAUUCUCGCUGGCUAUUAUUGGCAUCUAUGUGCUCAUGAACAAAGCAAGCAACAGAAGACGAGAGCUGUUUGACUUGGAGCAACGUCUGCAAGAACAAGAAAGACAAUUAUCACUUCAAAAGAAAGAGAUCGACAUGUAUCAGCCCGCUAUGAUCAAACAAGGCCACCAAAUCAUCCAGCAAACCAAAGCAGCAGCACCUUUAGUCAUUAUGACACCCCAAAAGAAAUUGCCAAAACGUGAGUCUCUGCUUGAGAAAAUCUAUGGAUCUCGAAACAUUUCUUCGCCACCCUUUCUGCCAUCGUCCGUGCCUCAGCGACCCAGCACGAUCCGACCUCCUUCAUUUUUGCCAAUGCAAGAAAACUACAAUCCACCUGUUUAUGGCGAUUAUUGUACAUCUACACCCAUCUUAUUGAGUGAUUCAAAACAUUAG